AUGCUCAACAGUCCUCAAAUCUUUGAGAAAAUAUUAGGGGAUGAAUUGAUCAUGGAUGUUAUUGGUUCACUUGAGUAUGAUCCUGAGAUUUCUCAUAUCCAACAUCAUCGUAAUUUUCUGAAAGAGCACGUUGUUUUCAAGGAGGCCAUACCAAUCAAAGAUCCCCAUGUCCUGUCAAAGAUACAUCAGACAUACAGAGUUGGUUAUCUGAAGGAUGUUGUUUUGGCCAGAGUAUUGGAUGAGGCCACAGUUGCAAACCUGAAUUCCAUAAUUCACGGAAAUAAUGCUGUUGUUGUUUCUUUGUUAAAGGAUGACAGUACCUUUAUUCAGGAAUUGUUUGCCAGGUUGAGAUCGCCCACAGCAUCUGCAGAAUCAAAGAAAAAUUUGGUGUAUUUCUUGCACGAGUUUUGUAGUUUAAGCAAGAGCCUGCAGAUGGUCCAGCAGCUCCGACUGUUUAGGGAUCUCAUGAAUGAAGGUAUCUUUGACAUCGUUGCUGAUACUUUGCAGAGUCAAGACAAUAAACUUGUCUUAACUGGGACAGAUAUCCUCAUUCUUUUCUUGAAUCAGGAUCCAAACCUUCUGCGUGCUUAUGUUGUUCGGCAGGAAGGAAUUCAGCUACUAGGGCUGUUGGUAUCUCUGUCAGUGCCACUUAUGCUGGCAUCUGAUCUUAUGUAUAGUAUAUUGCAUUUUCCCAUGACUUUUAGCUCUGUUAAAGGAAUGAUAACAGACUUUGGAGAGGACAUGCACUGCCAGUUUCUUGAAAUUCUUCGCAGUUUACUGGAUUCCUAUACACUGUCAGGAGCACCGAGAGAUAAUAUAGUUGAAAUCUUCUACGAGAAGCACUUGGACCAAUUAAUUGAUGUUAUAACUGCAUCUUGUCCUAAUGAAGUUGUUCCUCCAUCAAGUGGUAAAUCUUCACGGUUUGGUGAGAGAGUUGACACUUGCAAUGGCGUGAAGCCAGAAAUACUGUGUAACUUUCUCCUUAAUAAUGUUGUUGAAAAAGUCUUGACACUGACACGAAGGAAGGAGAAAUACCUCGUAGUUGCUGCUGUUCGUUUUGUUCGCACUAUCCUUUCCCGCCCUGAUGAGCAUUUGAUAAAUCAUUUUGUCAAGAACAACCUCCUUAAACCAAUUGUAGAUGCCUUUGUAAGCAAUGGCGACCGUUAUAAUUUGCUUAACUCUGCCGUUUUAGAGCUUUUUGAGUAUAUCCGCAAGGAAAACCUGAAAUCGUUGCUGAAGUAUAUUGUUGAUUCAUUCUGGAAUGAGUUGGUCAAAUUUGAGCAUUUGACCUCCAUUCAGUCUCUAAAAGUUAAAUAUGAGCAGUGUCUAGAGCAGUGUGGAGCUAAAAGCGCUGGUAGCACAUUGGACCCAAGAAAACGAAACGAUGAACGUGCACUAGAAAAAGAAGAGGAAGACUACUUCAACGAAGACAGUGAUGAAGAAGACACAGCUUCUGCAUCCCGUACCCAAAAAGCACAAGCUCAUUCAGUUUCAUCCAAUGGAGUUGCUGCAUGCUACCCAUCAUUAAGUCCAAGAUCUCGUGGACUUGUUGAUUAUGAUGAUGAUGAGGAUGACGAAGACUAUAGACCGCCUCCUAAGAAACAGCAAGAAACUCCAGAGGAUGAUGAAGGAACUAUUGAAUCGCUUAGGAUGAAGCGGAAAUUGCCUUCCAAGGAUAAGGAGCCUGACCUAGCGAAGAAACAGCGAUUAGGCAAACACUCGAAGUCAAGAGAGAAUGUUUUUGCUGCUUUAUGUUCGACACUUAGCCAUGCUGUCUUGCCCAGCAAGAAAGCUGCAACUGCCGUGCAUAUAGCUCCUGUGGAUGAAAACAAAGGCUCAGUUGAAGAAAGUCACGAAGAGAAUGAUCCUGUCAUUUCUAGAAGCUGCUCUGAUAAUAAUAGCAAUUCUGGCGAGGAAAACCACAGGGAGAAGGAUCCUGCUGGUCCUAAAAGCUGUUCUGAUUGCUUACACAGCACAUCAGAGAAUGGACAGAUGAUUGGAGAUGAUGGCCCAUUGAUACCACCUCCAAAAUCCUCACCAGAAAUGACUGUAAAUGGUUUUGUGGUAGUGGGUGUGGUUGUAAUAGAGGAAGCUUUUAGUGAGCUGGUCAGUGGCCAGAUAUUCUCAAUUGUAGUUGAAAUCUUAUUUAAUGACCAUUUCUUCUAUCCUCCUGACAAGUUGACAUGGCAAGUUGUUGAUAGAAAAUCCUACCGGCCAAAGUCCAUGGAAGAUGAGGAUGGUGAAAAUUGGAAGACCGGUCAUGGUUUCACAAUUACUUUACGUGUUGUGGAAAGAGCAACCUAA